CCAACGUUUUAUAUACUCUUUGGACGUUUUCUUAGCGCGUGCGAGAUGACGCGCCGGUGAAUUUUAUUUUAAAGCCUUGACGUAAUUUUUAUUUUAUACGCCGAUAAGUGAGUUACUACAAUGGCCGAUCAAGUAGAUUCAAUGUCAGAUGCGGAGCUUCGGACUAAACUAGCCGAGCAUGGAUUUCCUAUUAUGCCGAUCACAGCUUCUACCAGAAAACUGUUGGUAAAGAAAUUAAAGCUCGUUCUUGACAAUAAAAGUAAACCGCGAAACAGUGUUGACAGUAAAGUGGAAAGCAGGCGUUCCCUUGCGCGUUACUCGAGCGGCGAGGAAUCCGACUUGGACGCCAGCAAUGCGAAAGAGAAACGUGGGGGCCGUCGGAGUAAAGUCGGAGGGUCUAUGUUACCGCCCACCAGUAGCAAAACGCGCCAUAUACCCGUUAAAAAAGAUUCCCCCGCCAAAGUCGAUUCCGACAAAGGAUCUGAGUCUGACGAAGAAAAAUCACCCGUUCGCAUACGCGAGAAAGUUGAAACUAUCACUACUCGACAGAUAAAAAGAACUUACACAAAUGAUCAAGAUGACUAUGACACAGGAUCCGACAGUGAUGUUGACGGCGACAAGAAAACCUCCACUCCUUACAGAAGCAACUCAAGAGCCAGCGACCACAUCUCCAGCACUCUGCCUACCACCAACGCCAGCACCAGUGCGCCUAAACCGUCACUUUACACACUUCCCUCUAUCUCUUCUACCAACUAUUCAUCACCAAUACUUUCCUCCUCAGAUCAUUUGAAUUCUAUAAGGUCUCGACUCGGUUUAACAUCUACACUAGCUGAUAGACCUUCUGUAAGCAGUUACAUAUCUGACUACACAACAAACAAUGUAGAUGAAGUUGAAUCUCCUUAUCUUAGUAAUUUUACACGUCGCUUGUCUACUUUGAAAUCAGAUCCGCCCAAAACAAGCACCUUUUUAGACCAGGACACAAACAAUGGCAGCACAGUCUCACCACGCAGGUCUUAUAUGACUGGUGUGACAAGAUCAGCAGAUGUUGUUGACUACAAAACUGUGAAUGACAAAAAGUUUUUGAAAAACAAUCUUGUGUCUCUUGCCCUUGUUGUGUUAGUUGCACUUUUUUUUUUUUGCUUAUUUUUUAUGUAUUUAGUUAAGAAAAACGAUAUCGCCUCGGUAGUUGAUGAUCAAAACAGUCUGAUACCAAUAUGUCAACUAAAUAUACCUGGAAAUAGACCUGGCAUCAACUGUGUGCCCCGAGAACAUGUCAGCUAUGCUAAAGAUCUCCUAAAAGUUAUACAUCCGGAACUGACUACCCGAAUUGCCUCAUACCAAUGUGGUAAGCCGGGGGCUCUGCCUUAUCUCACAGAAAAGGAAAUUAUUGACCUUGCUAGUGCUAGAGCUGAAAUGGUUGAUGUAAGUCAAUGUCGGACUGAUUUGAAUAAUUUGCAAGUUUUAAUUGUUAACAACCCACGAUGGGGCCUCUCUGUUGUUCAGUUAAAAAAUUUGUAUACUAAAGAUGUUGAAUACACCCCUAUCAAUUCUGUUGAAAUAGUUGUUCAACAACGCAACAAAGGUAGCGUUGCUAUAACUUUGACAGACCCAUCUACUCCCAUAUCCUGUUUGUUUGUUAACACUCUGUACUCCGCUGGAUCUACAUUUGUCAUAGUUGGCCUGAUCAGUGUUGUCAUUCUCGGCUUACAACGAUUCUACAAAUACUAUGUGAGAUAUCAGAAAAAGAAAAGUGAAGAAAUCUACUCCAUGGUGGAACAGAUCAUAGACAUUAUAUCUCAAGAAACCGAAGACAGCGGAGAACCUUACAUAUCAGUUGAUCAUGUAAGAGAUACCUUGAUAUCUCCUCAGAAUAGAGAGAAAAUGUCAUCAACCUGGGAUGCAGCGGUCAAAUUCAUACAGACAAACGAAAGCAGGGUACGAAUGGAAGUUCAAUCUGUUGAUGGUGAAGACUGCAGAGUGUGGAGAUGGAUUUCACCGCAUGGGAGCCCGAAGCGUAGUGCUGCAUGGCAGGGACAGGCAUUCGAAACUCAAGAGGGAUCUGUGAACAAUCUCACCGUGUCUCCUACCCCUUGCCUGAAGAUCCGUCACAUGUUCGACAAAAACGACACCAACCCUAAUUUGAGAUCGGUGAUACAGGACGCUAUUCUGGAGAAAUGCGGGGACAGGUGCAACAUUCUGCACAUCGACAUUGACCGGGCCUCGUGCUGUGUCUACGUGAAGUGUUCCACGACGACUGAUGCUGGCGUGGUCUACAGAAGCCUGCACGGCUGGUGGUACGAGGGUCGGCUCAUCACGGUGAAAUACCUGCGUCUGGAGAGAUACAUGCAGAGAUUCCCCAAUUCCCCCUCCACUGGACCCUUUCUGAAGCCUUCACGUCGCCGUUAAUGAUUGCACACAGCUUACAGUCAAGCAUAAUAAAAGAAUACAACUGUCAGUUGUGUGCGCAGGAAUAUCGUACCAUAGCAGGGUCAGCAGUUGUAAUAAGCAAAUUGCUUUUUACAUCAUUUUUAAAAGUUGAUUGUUUUGAUCCCCCAUUGGCAAAAUAGUUACAUGUUGAUACUCGUGCGCAAACGCUUUGCCGAUGGCUUUACGAUGUCACGCGCAAGUUAAAGUAAUGUGCAGACAAGCGCGGGACGCGGUCUCUGUUAGUGGGAGGAGAGCCAUCGGCAAACCUUCAGCGCACAGAUAACAUCGUGUAUUUAAGUUGCAUGUUCAAUUUCUUUGUUAUUAAAUUCUUUUCUACAAUUUUUGUACUUUAGCCUAGUUAUUCUUAAUUGACUGGAUUUGGACACAAAAUGUUUUAAAGUGUUCUAUUGUAUUUUAAAAACUAUAACAAUACUUGUAGUUUUUCUUGACGUAAGUUUUUGACAUGUUAUAGUUUUUACUUUAGUGUAAAACUGCGUAGCUCCAUAUGAUGUGAUAUGGUAUAAUUGGUAAUUUAAAAACAAGGUAAAAUAAUAUCAGAGAUAUAAGCAUAAACUUAGCUCUAAGACUUAACAAAUAAAUGUUGCCUUAUUUUGUAAAGUUGUGCACUUGAUGUGUUGUAAAUAUUGUCAUCACAUGUCUCAGUUCAUUACUUUAUUAAUUCGGAGUUUUAUGUCAGCGAGGAAUUUGUUAUUUCAAUUUACUUGUUUCUGAACUGCUUUUGUAACUUUCAUAGUAUUGAUUUUUCACUUGCAGGUAACAAAGUGGAACACAAAGUGUAUGUUUUAAGGUUAACAUUAAUUUUCAAGUAUCUUUAACUAAAUUUUACUUUCUAGUGUUAUGUUAUGCAUUCAUUUUCACUUUUUCAAUAAAUAGUAAAAAAUAAAA